AUGUUCGCCAACUCUCUCCGACAGGGCCUCCGAACCGCUUCUCGCUCUUCUGGCAAGUAUCCCCAACGACCAAACAGAUCUUCACUAACACCUCCCAAAGCCCGAGCGUUCUCUACCCUCCCUGCCAGGGCUGCCCCCAGGGCCAACAUCGGUGCUGGUCUCGCUGCUGGUGCUGCUGUCGCUGGUUACGCCUUCUACGAGAGCACCAGGUCUCCUGUCCUCCUCGAGGGUCCCAAGACUAUUGCUGGUGAGAAGGGUACCGUCUCUGAGAGGUCUUUCGUCAUGAUCAAGCCCGAUGGUGUCUCUAGGCAGCUUGUCGGCAAGAUCGUCUCUCGAUUCGAGGAGCGUGGCUACAAGCUUGUCGCCAUCAAGUCCCUCACCCCCUCCCCCGCUCUCGCCAAAGAGCACUACGCCGACCUCUCCGCCCGACCCUUCUACGGCUCCCUCGUCAAGUACAUCACCUCCGGUACUCCCGUCGUCGCCAUGGUCUGGGAGGGUAAGGAUGUCAUCAAGCAAGGUCGUCGAAUUGUAGGUGCUACCAACCCCCAGGACGCCGACCCCGGAUCGGUCCGAGGACAGUACGCUGUUUCUGUCGGUAGGAACCUUAUCCACGCUUCUGACGCGUUCGACUCUGCUACCAAGGAGAUCGGUCUCUGGUUCGCCCAGGAGGAGCUCUCCGACUACGAGCCUUGGGUCAUGGCCGACAACUAA